GCUUGAUGACAUCAUGAGUCUACCGCUGCGGUUAGAGCAGGAAUGCGGUCGAGAAGACAUUGGCACGCCUUUGUCCCUUCGGUGACUGCCCUCCAGUGACUGCCCUCCAGUUUCAUCCUCACGUUUCUGCAAGCAUCAAAAAGUUGAAUUGCAAAGCCUUGCCCUUCACAAUAGUGUGGGAAUUUUCUUGAUGCGCCUACGUCGCCUCCAAUGGCCCUCAACCCUCGAGUAAUUUACUGGUUCCGAACAGAUCUCAGGCUUCACGACUCUCCCGCGCUUGCUGCAGCUCUGGACCUGAAGCCAGAAUGCUUCUGGCCGAUAUGGUGCUGGGAUCCACACUACGUGUACAGAGCGCGAGUUGGAUCAAACCGAUGGCAAUAUCUUCUCGACUGCCAGCAGGAUCUUUCUGAUGGCAUUGCAAAAUUGAACCCCAAGUCUAAGCUUUAUGUUCUACGGGAAGCGCCCCAGACGCUGCUGCCGAAACUAUUCAAGGCGUGGAAGGUGACGCACUUAGUUUUCGAGAAAGACACCGAUGCAUAUGCGCGGUCCCGUGAUGAGGAGGUCAUGUGCAGGGCAAAAGAGGCCGGGGUGCAAGUGAUUGUAAAAUAUGGAAAGACGCUAUGGGAUCCUGACGCUGUGGUGAAAGCGAAUGGUAACAAGCCAACCAUGACCGUUUCUCAAUUGCAGCAUUCAGGCGAGAAAGUAGGCAACAUUCCAAGACCCAUACCAGCGCCGAAGUGUAUACCAGAUCCUGGUGACAUGCCACUCAAUUUCGAGCAAGCACAACCUACCCCUGAGCCUGACUUCAACUCUAUCCAUCGCACUGGAAAGGAGGAUUCAUAUGCGAAGCUUUCAGGGCCCAACAACGACCUUGCGGUGCCCACGAUCGAAGAGCUCGGUAUCAAACAAGCAACUACUCCACACCGCGGCGGAGAAACGAGGGCUUUGGCCGCGCUCGACAAAAUCAUCAAGAACGAACAAUAUACUGCAACUUUUGAAAAACCCAACAGUGCACCUACCGCAUUUGAACCUCAAUCUACGACGCUACUAAGUCCUCACUUGCAUUUUGGAUCUCUGAGUUGCCGCGAAUUCUAUUGGCGAGUUCAAGAUGUUGUGGACAACUACAAGGGUAAAGCAUCUCAACCGCCUGCUAGUCUCACCGGACAGCUUCUAUUUCGAGACAUGUACUUUGCCGCUCAAGCCAAGAUGGGAUGGAGUUUCUCUCAAACCGUAGGAAACGGUCACUGCCGUUUCAUUCCCUGGCACCUUCGCAGUCAAGUUGAUGAGAAGGACGGCCUUAUCAAUGGCGAAUAUAACAUUGAUAGCCUCGAGGCAGAGGAAUGGUUCCAGCGCUGGAAGACUGGUCGGACGGGCUUCCCGUGGAUCGAUGCCGUUAUGCGCCAGCUCAAGCAGGAAGGUUGGAUACACCAUCUAGCUCGGCAUUCCGUGGCCUGCUUCCUUACUAGAGGAGGCUGCUACAUCGACUGGGAAAGAGGAGCUGAGGUGUUUGAAGAAUUGCUCAUCGACCAUGAAACAGCUUGCAAUACUGGAAACUGGCAAUGGCUAUCUUGCACGGCUUUCUUCUCCCAGUUCUACCGCUGUUAUUCUCCAAUUGCCUUUCCCCGGAAGACUGACAAGACUGGCGACUUUGUCCGUCAAUUUGUUCCAGAACUGAAAGACUUCCCUGCCAAGUACAUUUAUGAGCCGUGGAAAGCCCCGGUUCAAGACCAAAGGAAGGCUAAAUGUAUUAUCAAAGGCGACGGGACUGUUGAGACGAUCGACGGAUUGACUGCUUAUCCAAAGCCAAUGUUCGACUUCUCCACGCGACGCGACAUCUGCAUUGGAGGCAUGAAGAACGCUUAUCGAGCUGGUCUUUAUGGCAAUAGUCCGCAGGUCAUGAACAGAUCUUGGCCCUCUGCUUUUGAUGACGACGCUGAGGGCACGACAGAGGGACAAAAUACGGCCGACCAGGAGAAAUUUGAAGAGGCGGCCCACCAUGAAAAUGAUCUUGAGAUCAACAGUGAGCCAAGCGGCAAGAGCAAGAAUAAGAGGAAGAGGACAGGGCAUUUGGAUGGCUUCUUGAGAACACAAAAGGCGAUGAGGUAAAGCAGCAGAUGGCAUGUCCGCCAAUACCGUACAAAAUGGCUUUGCAUAGCUGCGGAAUAAAUAAAAGCUACAAAUUAGUUAACUUCUUCGUACCUUUAAAGCCCCGUGCAAUCUUUCAUACUUAUACACAGA